GUGUAAACACUCAGUUCUGCUUAGCACUUUGGUGCGAACGGUUUGCGUUGAAUUUGAAAAGUCGGAAAAUGAAAAGUGUUACGCUGCAUCCAUAACUAUUAAUAAUAAGAUCAAUUAAAACGUCAUAAUGUUUAUAUUAUAAAUACAAGGAAUGAAAAAUCAACACCCCGUUAUUGUUAGUGAUAUGAAGAGAAUUGCGCAAAGAGAACAGUUUUCUUUGUUUAUACACACACACACAUUCACGGAUAUCCGAUUGCUAUUUGAAAUUAUAUAGAAAUUACAAUGUGAUGUCAGUGGAUUAGUUUUAUUGAUAUGCAAACAUAUACAUUACCACAGAAUCGAUCAAUGAAACUCAAAAAAUAAGAACAAAAUUAUUUAAAAAAUAUUUAAAUGUAUGUGUGUGUGUGUGCUCGUGUAUCUGGACACAACUGGAGUGCUAAUGUGCUGGAUUGCGAAUUUCUUGUAUGCGGUCUAUUUGUGGCGAAAUGAGUUAAUGCCAAUAUGGCAUUGAUUGCUGCUUCGUACCAAGUGUUUUCUAUAUGAAUCAUUGCCUAUUCAUUCGAAUUAAUUGACAAUUUUGGCCAAAAACCUUCCAAUUUCAUACGCUUAAAUCUCAAGUAUCCACUCUACACAUUAAUCUAAUUUUCAGAGUUUAACGGAAGUGACCCACCCAGUCUGUGAACAUGGAAAACGUACGCUUUUCCAUAAUUGAGAACGAUCUCAAAUGGAAUUCGGAGAGCCAUGAAACACAUGAUUUCUUUUUCGAUAAGCGCAGCAUCUCCAGCGAGAACAGCAGCAACAGUGAUGCCGUAUUUAGCGAUGAAGCGCAUGAGAUCUUCUUGUGGCAGCAACAGCAUCAAAUGAUCUGGGACCAGCUGGAGAUUGAGGAGACACUCAGCAUGGUGCCGAAUUCGCUUGCCAUAUUCGAAAUGGUCAAAACGAAUUGCUUUUUAGCACUUACGUCAGCCACUAAUGACGCCAAUUUGGCGAUACUAUAUUCCUCAAUCUAUGGCUGCACCGAGAAUAUUAUACUCUUGCUCGAUCACUAUGGAUCCGAUCCGAAUUGUAAGGACUUGCGUGGUCGCACGCCGCUACACUUCGCCUGCUGUCGCGGAAAUGCGCACAUCGCCAAGGUUUUGUUGGAUCGUGGUGCUGAUCCCAAUCGUUUUGAUGGCAAAAAAGAGGUGACAGCUUUACACUGUGCCGCCAGUGCAAAGAGCGUGGAAUGCAUUUUGUUGCUACUGAAACGGAAAGCGCACAUCAACAUUGGCAUUGAGAAGCGUUCGGCAUUGCAUUUCGCUAUCGAUCGCAAUGCGGUCGAAUGUGUGGAGACGUUACUCAAAUACGGCGCAGAUCCCAAUACGCCACAGGUUUACACAGAAACGCCGCUGCACACUGCUUGCGCAUUAGGCUUCAACAAAUGUGUGGAAUUGCUAUUGAAUCACGGCGCAGAUGUGCGUUCCCAGUUCGGUGAGGGGAAACUGACAGCCUUACACUUGGCCGCUGAGAACGAUUACGUCGAAUGCGUACGUUUACUAUUGGAGCAUGGGGCGGAAGUGGAUUGCCGCAAUGCUAGCCAUCAGACCCCACUGCAUUUGGCUUGUCUUUCGCAAUCCAUCGAAACUGUCGAUUUACUGAUCAAGCAUGGCGCCAAUGUGAAUGCUGUCUACAGGGAUGGUCGUACCGCUUUGCAUGCUGCUAUCGUCAAACAAUCUCGUAGUUUGGACUGCUGUAAUGCUCUAUUGAAAGCCGGCGCCAAUGUCAACAAAGCGGAUAAUUUUGGCUAUACGCCGUUGCAUAUAGCGGCCUUGAAUGAGUUCAGUAAUUGCGUAUACACUUUCAUUGAACAUGGCGCGGAUAUAACGGCUCGCACCAUGGGGAAUGUAUCCGCCUUGUCUUUCAUAGUGCGACGUACACCUGAGAUUAUACCGAAACUUACAGCCAAAAUGGAUAGUUCAAUUAAGGUAAAUGACCACGAAAUCGGUGAUGUAGACUGUGAAAUCAAAUUGGAUUUUCGUCUGCUGGUGCCGCCAACAGCAUUGGAACGUGGUGAGACUGAAUUACUGCUGUCCUUAAUCGAAGUAGGCCAAAAGCGUUUACUGAUGCAUCCAUUGUGUGAGACCUUUCUAUUUCUAAAAUGGCGUCGCAUACGAAAAUUCUUUCUGAUGAGUCUACUUUAUCAUGCGAUCUAUGUCUUCCUAUUUACAAUGUAUAUCGUGGGUGUAUAUGCACGCAACUGUGAUAAGAAUCCGAAGUGUGAGGCGCCCGGAUACAUUAGCACAGUGGGCUAUUUCGUUAUAAUACUGAAUUUAAUAUUGAUGGGCAAAGAGAUUUUUCAGAUGGCUCAUGGUUUGCAAGGUUAUGCGAAAUACUGGGAAAAUUGGCUACAGUGGGCCAUCGUUUUUGGUGUCUUGCUGUGUGUGACACCAGAGAUUUUGGUCCCCACCAAUUUGUCGGCUGUACCCACCUGGCAACAUCAUGUGGCGGCUAUUGUGGUACUCUUAGUGUGGCUGGAGUUAAUGAUGUUGGUAGGACGCUUCCCGAUAUUCGGCGUGUAUGUGCAAAUGUUCACAAAAGUUGCCGGCAACUUCUGCAAAUUCCUUCUGGCCUACAUCUGUUUACUGAUCGCCUUCUGCCUGAGCUUCUCCGUGCUUUUUAACGACUAUCCGCCGUUUGAAAAUAUCACCUGGUCACUACUCAAAGCCAUAACAAUGAUGUCGGGGGAAUUGGAAUUUGAAGAUAUAUUUUAUGGUGAUAUUCCCGUAAAAUUUCCAGUCACCUCACAUAUUUUGUUUCUCUGCUUUGUACUACUCGUCACGGUCAUACUCACUAACCUUAUGGUGGGUUUGGCCGUCAGCGAUAUACAGGGUCUACAAGUAUCAGCCACCCUAGAUCGGUUGGUGCGUCAAGCAGAGCUAAUCUCACGACUAGAAAGCUUAUUCUUCUCACGCUUACUCCGCCGUGCACCGGUGAAAUUAAUGCAACUCUGCAAGCGUAGCGCGCUAUUACGCACUUCACGCAACAAAUUACAGUUCGUGACACGACCAAAUGACCCGCGUGACAAUCAGUUACCCGAGGACAUCAAGCUGAAUAUUUACAAACUGGUUGCUGAACGGCGCGAUCGUAAUUUGAGUUUACGUCGACGCAAACUGGAAAGUAACUACAACAUGUUCAAUCAGAGCUUACAGCGUCAGUACGAGGAAAAGAAGCGGGUCACUGCCAUACCAGUCGGGUUAUCGGCUGAUAAAACAUCGACAAACUCCGUUUCGAGCAACAAUAAUGUAAAUAAUAAGAAAUUAGGUAAUGAUUUGAAGGAACCACAUGUUAUGAUUACGUUACGUGAGAACGAUUGCUUGUUACGACCGCGUUCGGCGACCAAUGUGCACGAUCAGCUAAUGGCCGAAAGCGAUGUGGCCGUUAAGCUUAAGAGCCAGGUCAACGGCAUUUCAGAUGUGCGCGCCGAAGUGAUGGCGCUGCGCGAGCAAAUUCGUGGGAUCGGUCAAAAAUUUGACAGCUUUGCGGAGAGUGCAAGCAAGAAGCUAACAUUCACGGCGGAAGAAAUGUGUCGUAUAAAAAUUCAUCUCGAGCAGAAGGCAUCCUUUCAGUGCUGAACGACGUAUUUAGAGACUUCGACUUUGAGAUGCCAUUAAUGAAGAGAGCUUUAAUAUAUUUUUAAUAACACUAGAUUAACUUUGUAAGUGAAAGCGGGAAUUUAAUUCAAACCAAAUAAACUGUGUUAAAUGUCAA